AGCUAUGUUCAAAAGCUUUAUACGACACACCUCGACCAAACCGUUCUAUGUCACCACACCCAUAUUCUAUGUCAAUGCAAGCCCCCACUUAGGCCACCUAUACUCGAUGCUCCUCGCCGACGUGCGCUCGCGGUGGCACAAACUCGAUCCGAAUCACCAGGCCUUCUUGACCACCGGCACCGAUGAACACGGAUUAAAGAUCCAAAACGUCGCUGAAAAACAGGGAAUUCCACCCAAACAACUAGUGGACAUGGUGCUGACCAAUUUCAAAACCCUCGCCAGCAAGUUGAACAUCAACUACGACCGGUUCAUACGAACCACAGACUCAGACCACAUCGCGGCUGUCACCCACUUUUGGAACAUCAUGAUACAAAAGGACUUGGUGUACAAAGGCCAGCACAGUGGGUGGUACUCGGUGAGCGAUGAGACAUUCUACCCUGACUCGCAUAUCGAGGAGGUUGAACGGGAUGGGAAGAAGGUGAUGAUUUCGUCGGAAACCAAAAACGAGGUUUUCCACCACACCGAAACAAACUACUUUUUUCGUUUGGCCCAGUUCAAGGACCAAUUGGUGCUGUUCCUCGAGGCGAAUCCUGAUUGGAUAAUGCCCUCUGGCAAGUAUCAGGAGUUGUUGACCGAAUUACGGCUGGAACCUCUAUCUGACUUGUCGGUAUCGCGACCCUCCUCGAGGUUGAAAUGGGGCAUCGCAGUGCCAGGUGAUGACUCACAGAACAUGUACGUGUGGUUCGAUGCUCUCGUCAACUAUGUGACUUCGUGUGGGUUUCCCGACACUUUUGAGCUCAAAAAUGGCCAAUAUCAGAGUCGGGGCCUGAACCCCUGGCCUGCCACCCACGUUAUUGGUAAGGAUAUCAUUCGGUUCCACUGCAUCUAUUGGCCCAUCUUCUUGAUGGCUGCGGGCGUCGAGUUGCCCAAACAGGUGUUGGUGCAUUCGCACUGGUUGAGCGAAGGGUUCAAGAUGAGCAAGAGUUUGGGGAAUGUGGUGGACCCCAUGGCAACCUGUGACUAUUACGGGGAGGACAGCUUGCGGUUCUUCUUGAUGGAGCAUUCCAGCAUCUCUAGUGACAGCAAUUAUAGUGAGAAGUACUUCAACUUCACCAGAGACAACUUGAUAGGCAAGUAUGCCAACAUUGUCACUCGCUGCGGAGGAGCCUCAUUCAACAUUGAACAGGCGGUGGUAGACAAUAACAAUGGGUGUUUUGCUGAUAUAGACGAGUUUAUACGGUCAAAUUCUCUCAACAAGGACAAGGUGGAGAUGAUUAUAACCCUUAAGAACCAGUUGCUUGACAAGUUGACUCUGUUGCCGGCCAUCAUGGACGAAUCGAUGCAAAGAUUUGAGAAUAGAAAGGCUAUUCAAGAAUGGUGGUCGGUGCUUGAGCUCACAAACCUGUUUCUCCAGCAGUCAGAACCGUGGGUGUACAAUAAACCAUUGAAAGAGGAUCCAUCGAAUGAGAAACUCCGUCUCGUUCAAAGCUACGGGAUUCUCUUGGCGUGCGAGAGUGUACGGAUCUGUUCGAUUCUUAUUAGUCCUGUGAUUCCUACGCUUUCCGGGAAACUUCUUGAUAGACUCGGGGUGGAUGCUGGUGAAAGAAACACCGAUUAUCUUGUGCCGUUUGAGCGCAUUUCCUACGGGAAAUAUGCCAACGGGAAACACGAGCUUCCGAUCCAGCGGCUUCCAAAGAGGCAGUAGGAAGCUCUAGUGAAGAACAGUUAGAAGUUCUAUACGUGCUCUUCUAUACGUGCUCUUCUGUAUUUAGUAACCUGUAUUUAGUGUACAUUCUGUAAAUAGCAUACCUUGAAACAGUCUU